AUGGGCAACCCGAUCGUUUACUUUGACAUCGCGUUCGACGGCGCGUCUGCGCCUACGCGCGCCGGUGAGAACCGUGUGGUGCUGGAGCUGUACGCCGACAAGGUCCCCAAGACCGCGGAGAACUUCCGUGCGCUGUGCACGGGCGAAAAAGGCGCGAGCGCCGUGUCCGGCACGCCGCUGACUUACAAAGGCAGCGCGUUCCACCGUGUGAUCCCCCACUUUAUGAUCCAGGGCGGUGACUUUACGCGGGGCGACGGCACGGGCGGUGAGUCGAUCUACGGCGAAAAGUUUGAGGACGAGAAGCUCGACGGCAAGCACGAUGUGCCGUUCCUGCUGUCGAUGGCGAAUGCCGGUCCCGGCACGAACGGCUCGCAGUUCUUUAUCACGACCGUGCCGACGCCGCACCUCGACGGCAAGCACGUCGUUUUUGGCAGGGUGCUCCGUGGUAAGGAUGUCGUGCGCCGCGUCGAGCAGAGCCAGACCGGCGCGAACGACCGCCCGGUGCACGCCAUCACCAUUGCCGACUGUGGCGAGUUUAGCACCGCGCAGCUCGCCGAGGCGAACUUUGACUAUGGCAUCGCGCCCGACGCGACCGGCGACCGCUACGAGGCCUACCCCGAGGACGCGGACGUGGACCUCGAGGAGAAGCCCGAAGAGGCGCUCAAGAUCGCCAAGGACCUCAAGGGGCUCGCCGGGAGCCUUGUCGGCAAAGGCGAGUGGGCGCUUGCGCUCGAAAAGUACGAGAAAGCGCUGCGCUACCUGCUGAUCAACCCUGCGCUGCCCGAGUCGAGCGACGCGGCGUUUGUGAAGGAGUACCUCUCUUUCCGCACCCCGCUCGAGCUGAACGGCGCGCUGUGCGCGCUCAAGACGUCGCCGCCGCAAAACGCCCUCGCCGAGUCGCUCGCGACCAAGGUCGUGGAGCGUGCCACGCAGCCCACCAAGCCGAGCGACGCAGAGCUCGCCAAGGCGUACUUCCGCCGUGCGCUCGCACGCUCCGCGUCGAAGCGCGACGAGGAGGCCAAGGCCGACCUUGCCGAGGCGCUGCGCCUCGCGCCCGGCGACGCCGGCAUCCUCAAGGAAAAGGCUGCGAUUGAGCAGCGCCAAAAGGUGCGUCUGGAAAAGCAGCGUGCUGCCUAUAGCAAGAUGUUCUCGUAG